ACUCCAGUAAAAGUCAUCAUGUCAGGACGAGGCAAAACCGGCGGAAAAGCCCGCGCCAAGGCAAAGACCCGCUCCUCUCGUGCUGGACUCCAGUUCCCGGUCGGUCGUGUUCACAGGCUGCUGCGCAAAGGCAACUACGCCCAGCGUGUUGGUGCCGGCGCCCCCGUCUAUCUGGCGGCCGUGCUCGAGUACCUGACCGCUGAGAUCCUGGAGCUGGCUGGAAACGCCGCCCGCGACAACAAGAAGACCCGUAUCAUCCCGCGCCACCUGCAGCUGGCCGUCCGCAACGACGAGGAGCUCAACAAACUCCUGGGCGGAGUGACCAUCGCUCAGGGCGGCGUGCUGCCCAACAUCCAGGCUGUUCUUCUGCCCAAGAAGACCGAGAAGGCCGCCAAGUCCAAGUAAACCACAACAAGUCAACCAACAAACAAAAGGCUCUUUUAAGAGCCACACACACUCACUCUGACAAACUGCUCAUCCUCUUUAAAAACACAGCAAAACUCUUGUGAGAUUACGUCAUAAACCGCUUAGUCAGUAAUAAAUAAUAAAUAUUUUAUUUUUGUUUGAUUUUGCAGUUGAGUUAAGCAUUUUGUGUAGCUAUUAAAACAGAAUAUACAUGAGAAAUGAUAACAAUUUAUAGAGUUAUUACCAUUGUAAAUCAC